UCAAUUUAUCAUGGGACCCGUGUUUACACUGCGAGAAAGGAGGAGGAAUCUGGAGGGCUGAGAGAAGAAUCUCCCUUAUCUGCCCAGAUACGCAAACCCUGCAGUGGUAAACGAUUGUAACAAAGUAUUUAAACCUCGUCUACUAUGUCUACUACGGGCGCUGGAGGGGCACGGAGCUACAACUUCAAGAUUGUUCUGUUGGGGGAGGGAUGUGUAGGGAAGACCAGCCUCGUCCUCCGCUAUGUGGAGGACAAAUUCAACGAUCGACACAUUACUACGUUACAGGCAUCAUUUUUGACCAAGAGAGUAAAUCUGAAUGGAAAACGCAUAAAUUUAGCAAUAUGGGACACAGCAGGUCAAGAGAGAUUCCAUGCCCUUGGCCCUAUUUAUUAUCGCGAGUCUCAUGGUGCCAUUCUUGUGUAUGAUAUUACUGAUGAAGACUCUUUUCAAAAGGUAAAGAAUUGGGUGAGAGAACUAAGAAGAAUGUUGGGUAAUGAUAUCUGCCUCGUCAUUGCCGGUAAUAAAAUAGAUUUAGAAAAGGAGAGACAUGUCUCUUUGGAAGAAGCUGAAGCGUAUGCCCAAGAAGUGGGAGCUUUCCAUUUCCAGACAUCAGCCAAACAAAAUAAAGGAGUUGAAGAGCUAUUUUUGGAACUCACUCGCAAAAUGUUGACAAGUGCAAUUGCAAAUGACCAACAGCGAGUGAACACACUCACAAGAGGUGGAAAUUCAAGAAAUCUUCAAAUUGUUGAUGAUCAGGCAGCACCUCCUGCACAGAAGUCAUCCUGUUGUGGUUCAUAAUGUUGAAGACACACAUUAGUCAGCACAUAUAUGUUCUCGAUAUGUGUAUUUAGUGUAGAAUAUUCAUAAGUCAAACCUGGGAAUUUUAUAGAAAUUUUAUGAUCAGCAGUUAGUCACCGUAAGGUAAUGCCAUCCAUAUCCCAUAAAAAACAGUAAGAGGGUGAGAAAGGGAUAAUAACCAAAGACUGUGAAGUUUGAGAAAAUUGUAAUGUAACCCUUUAAAUGUAGAUACUCCAUUAAUUUAUGUGAAGUCAUUGAUCUUGAUGUAAAACUUAAUUUAUCCACUAUUGAUCCAGGAUGCAUGUCAGUAAAUAGGAUAUUAUUUUUAAUGUAUUAUGCAUUAUUACCUUAUAAUACUUUGUUGAAUUUCAUGGUAGCUAGUAAUCUGCAUGGAAGACUGUGGUGUAUUCAAAGUUUGCCUGUAUGCCAUAGGACUGAGAUGGAAGUUACUCAAGUUACUCAUGAUACACUCCAAUGUUUGAUGAUUUAUUUGUAUUUUUCCAAGAUACUUUUCUGAAAAGGUGAGUAAAUUGGGCAGUCAGAUCAAGAAAUUUCCUACAUAUGCAUGACACACCUUUUGGAUAAUUUCAUUGCUAUGGCUGCUAGCUGCCGUUGGUGUCAUAUUUGUUGGGAGAUAGCAAAAUAAGAAUGCAUAAUGUUGAAAUACUUGGGCCAUUCAAAGAAAUUGUUGAUUGAAACCAGUUGAUGCAUCGUCACGAAAUCUAAAGGACUUAGACUUCACUUCCUUCAUUUGACUGUGGUUCUGAGCAUUUAUCAUGGCCACUAAAAGAUCUUGCAUUGUUAUCCACUCUGGGUGUGAAGUUUAACCCCUUGAUGACGGGUGAAGAAAACUAAAAAAAUAAAAAAUAAAGAAUAAAAAAACUCUACGCGCUGGUGAUCACUGGCAACACGCUGAUUUUGAGCGCGGGAGUUCGGUCAUCAAGCCGAAUCACUGGCUUGUAGUGCUUUAGUGCACCGCUGCGGAGUAUAGUCACACGCCACAGAUCGAGCAGUUUGUUUUGAUGCCUCACAGCGUGACCCGUCAGGAAGGGGUUAAGUGCACUAAAAAAGAAUUAUACUAUAUACUGUAUUUUAGGAUAUAGUGUAUGUAUAAUAGAAAAUAUUAAAUAGUUCAGAAAUUUCAUUAUGUAAUACAAUACCUUCAAAAUCUGAAAUAUGAUUUAAAAUAUUAGUUAAUAAUUAUGCAUAUUCAUUAGGCUUUCUGUUUUCUCCUGUCAGCAUACUCAAGCAAUUGCUAGUGUUUUUUUUUCUUUCUUUUUGUGCCUAUUAUAUAUAUUUUUUUUUUCUUUGACAAAUACGAAAUAUGUAGCUCCACAUUAGUUUGUAGUUAGUGAUUCUGAAACAUGAUAUUCCAUGGGAAAGAAAUGUUUUAAAGAGUAUUUUUGUUCACUUCAAAAGUUUUUGAUGAACAUAUUCUUACUUUUCACACAAAACAAUAAUUUAAACAUUAAUCAGUAAUCAUUUCCUUCCACAUUUUCUGUUUUUUUCUCCCCAUUCCUCCCUGUAGGAAAACUAUGAAUAUCAGCAAGUGAUAUUGAUGAAUGGAGUACAUUAAAGCUAGGUUAAGCAUAUCAAAGUUAAUUUUCAGAGGCAAAUGUUUAACUGAGAGUUAAAUUCUGUGUAAUACAGUGCAAAUUCUUUUUAUGAAUUUUAUGAAUGUUAAUGUUUUAAACAGUGCAAAUCCUUCAAUAAAUGUGAAUAAUGUUUUCAGAUGAUGUAUUAUCUGGUCAACUACUCAAGGAUCAUCAGGCCAGUCAAAUAGUUGCUAAAAACAUAUAAGAUGAUUUAUAUAGGCUUUCAGAAGAUUUGUAAAUGAUUACAAUAUAUAUAUAUAUAUAUAUAUGAUUGGUAGAGUCACAGUGUUUCACUCUUUUCUUUAAAGUGAAGAUAUUUGGUAAUGAGUGAUAAUGUUUGUAAGUUAGUAUUUUGAUUUGGAUGACAGCUAUUCCUAAAUAUGGCAGUGAUAUAAUACAUGUUUUCUACAUUCUCAGAAGUAAUAGAACAGUUGUCCCUAAGUAAAUAAUUAUAUAGAUUGAACAUUACUACUUGUUAUUCGUAUCUAUAAUUUGUUAUUUUUUGAGAGAUUAUAGAAUAAUUUAUAAAUGUAUAUAACAAACUAUUUACUUGUUCUAGAGAAACUGUUGAAAUCCAUCUGUGGUGUGUAUUUUGAAGUGAUGAUGCAGUUGGUAUCAUGACAUAAAUACAUGUUUUCUUCCAAUAGCAUGAAAUGCAUCAAUGCUGCAUCUGCACAGUCAGAUGUUGUUAAAUUUUAGAGGAGUGGUAGAUUUAUAGAAUUUAUUGAGGGGCUGUUUGCAGUUUUGUACAAAAGUGAUGCUUUAGAAACAAAUGGGUUAAUUACCAGUCAUACUUUCAUCUUUUGGAGUAAGACAAUGAUUUCCUAACUAUUAGUAGUAAGUUGUGUACACUAGGAAGUCUUCUGAUUAAGAUCAGAAAAAAUAACCUGAUUAAAGAAAAUUAUCUGUGAUAUUGUUUAUAUGAGCAUUACAUAUGCCUUUGCAUAACCUAUAGCUUUGUACUUCCAUGUUUUGCUGUAUUACAUGGCUGCUAUGUACUAAUUUUUUGUAUAUCUUGUUUCUGGUAGAGUAUUAUCUAUUAAUAUGAUGUGUGCAAUUAUCAGAAAUAUUUAAUUUUUCUUUUCCCUUUGUUAUGUAUGGCAUGUUGUAUUGCUACUUUGUCUAACAAAAUUUCUUGAUUCUUCCACAUGUUCUUUUAUGAGGAAGCAUUAUCUUUCCUAUGUUAAUUGUCCUUUUAUCACAAACCAUUUUGUAUAAAAAAUAUAUAAUGCAAAUAUUUAAUUAAAAUUUCACCUCUCUGGUUUCUAGUUAAUUUGAGGUCAUAGUUUACCAUUUACAUGUAUAACAGAAUAUGCUGUUGACCUUAGUAUUCAUACACCCUCUGCCACAUGAAAGUACUGCCUUCAGAACAAGUAAAUGGCUAUUGACACUGGAUAAAUUUAUAUCAGUGAAUAACUGUACUUGCCUAUAAAAAUAAAUACAUUUAUAAAAUGAUACCAUUAACAAUUAGAUUUUCUGACACACCAUCCCAUGGGCUCAAAAGUAAGUAUGUGAAUAAAAAAAUCUUUCACUGUAAGACUUGUCCUAUUCCCACCACCCUGUAUCAAUAACUAAUAACUGUAUCCACUUCAUUAUGACAGACAGCAUAUUAGGACACAGAGGAGCAAUAGGUUGCACACUUGAUUCAGAAAGAGAAUAUCAUCUUAUAUCGAUAUUGUAGUUGUCAGGAUCAUGGACAGACAAAUGAUUAUGAAAUUGCAAUAAUCACUUAUUUAUUUUUGAGCUACAGUAUGUGUAGGUAUGUAAGGUCAAGUAGCAUGUGUAUGCUUUUCAAUUUACAUUAUAAAUGAAGUGUUGAUUUUGCCUCCAGUUGACACCAAAUUUUUCAUUGAAACUUGAAUAUUUUCUUGAAAGAUAGGUAAUAUAAUUUAAUAGCUUCAUAAACCAUGAUAUCACUAAGUGGAUUACCACAACAGUUGCUUUUGGGUGAAUUAUCAUAAACAUAUUGUUUAAUGACAUUGUAUUCAUUUGUUUGCUUUAAUCAUGCAUGUCCAAUACAUGCCCUAUGUAUCGAGAAAUCUUUAGUUAAAAAUAAGGAAGUCGGCACAUUUCCAUUCUACAACAGUUCCCACGAAAUUUACCCAAACAAAACUACAUUAAGGCACACAAAAAUGUGUCAUGCAGUGGAACAUCAGAACACUUGACAUUAGUUGCAGUAGUUUUACCUGCUCUCCCACCACAUGUAGUUUCUGUGCUUGGCAAGGUGUUACUUUUAUAUGGUCCUAAAUGGUAAAUUUGCAUGUAAAAAAAAUAAACAAUGUAGAGAAAGAUGAAGUGAA